AAAUAUUGUUGAUGAGUGAUGACUUCUGAUAGAUUGAUAGAGAAACACAGCAACGCAAACAAAAAUCAAAUCAAACAAAUCCGAUGUCCUUAGAUUCGAGCUUCAUUCGAGGGCUUAAACACGAUGGAUGACAAUCGAAGUUCUGAUCCAGUCAAGAGGCAUGAGAUUGAAAAAGAAACUAGUGCUUCGAGGAAGCUAGAAGAGAAUAAUGCUAAGUUAAUUCAAGAUCCUGAGGAAAUGGCACUUUACUCAAGAGCUAGAUCGCAAGAAGAAGAGAUUCACAAUCUCCAGGAACAAAUUGCUGCUGCUUGUUUGAAGGAUAUGCAGCUGCUCAAUGAGAAGUAUGGGUUAGAGAGAAAAUGUGCCGAUCUCCGUGUGGCAAUUGAUGAGAAGCAAAAUGAAUCUGUUACGUCGGCGUUGAAUGAAUUGGCUCGUCGAAAAGGUGAUCUCGAAGAAAAUUUGAAGUUGGCUCAUGAUUUAAAGGUUACAGAAGACGAGCGGUAUAUUUUCAUGACGUCCUUACUUGGUUUAUUAGCUGAGUAUGGCGUUUGGCCCCGUGUUGCAAAUGCUACUGCUAUAUCCAGCGGCAUAAAGCACUUGCAUGAUCAGCUGCAAUGGAAGAUUAAAGCUUGCAAUGAUAGGAUUAGGGAAUUAUCAUCGGUUGUGGAAACUCAAUCUGGAACAGAUUUUAUUAGUAAAGACAACCAUGAUCCCAGAAUUUCCAAAGGUCAAGCUUCUUAUGGAUCCACGGAUCAUGGUAAUGAUUACCGGAUCAAUGAACAACUUUCGCCACCAAUGGACAAUAUCACGAGAAAUCCAUAUCAUAACCUUACGCAAGAGACUGAAAGUCUGAGAUUUAAUAAUCAGAUUGGCGGUGGAUCACAGCAGCCGAGAAGGGAAAGUUUUGGAUAUCCUCUAAGUAGUGUGGCGGGAAAGGAAAUGAUCCGAGAGAGAGAAGAAAAAGCUGAGAGUUCUUCCAUGUUUGAUCCUUAUAACGGGAAUGAAGAAUUCGCUUCUCAUGUUUAUGAAGAGGGACCUGGAAUUGAUGGAUUUCAGAUUAUUGGAGAGGCAAUACCUGGAGAAAAGGUUCUUGGUUGCGGGUUUCCGGUACGAGGAACCACUCUCUGUAUGUUUCAGUGGGUUCGGCAUCUUGAAGAUGGCACGAGGCAAUACAUCGAGGGAGCCACCCAUCCAGAGUAUGUUGUAACCGCGGAUGAUGUAGACAAACUGAUAGCUGUUGAGUGCAUUCCAAUGGAUGAUCAAGGUCGUCAGGGCGAAUUAGUGAGAUUGUUUGCUAAUGAUCAAAACAAGAUUAGAUGUGACACAGAGAUGCAAACAGAAAUCGACACAUAUAUAUCGCGAGGUCAAGCAAGCUUUAAUGUGCAGCUCCUGAUGGAUUCAACAGAGAGUUGGGAACCUGCGACGGUUAUUUUGAAGAGAUCUAGUUACCAGAUUAAAACGAACAACGUAGAAGCUAUGGUGAUCUCAGAGAAAUACUCGAAGGAACUCCUGAUAAAAGUACCGUGUGGAUUCUCAACACAGUUUGUUCUGAUAAGUUAUGAUGGAUCUUCACAUCCUAUAAGUACACUCAAUGUCCGCAUGCGUGAUACGCUAGUCUUGACGAUGAGAAUGCUUCAAAGCAAGGCACUGGACGAACGCAGAAAAGGACGAGUUUGAAGUUGGUGUGACUACAGAACAGAUCCAUUCUCGAGUCCUUCAAUUAAGUUUAAUCAAAUCUGCGAUUUGUUAUUUUAUUUUUAUUAUUGAGUAAUAAUUGUUGUAGCUUUAGCAUUAUUUUGUCGUUUAGCUCUUUGUUUUUCUAAAGUAAAAAAUAAACACUCUUGUAAUAUUGUAAUAGACGGUGACAUUCACUUUGGAGUCGGAAUCUUCUUUUCUUUUUUUUGCCGGUUCUUAUAUAAUAAUAGUAAUGGGAUGAUCUCUUUCCAUUUGAUA